UCAUUCAGUGGACUGCGCGAUGGGAAGAUUGUCAUUUGGACUCCGCUGAUGGAAAAGGCAAAGACAAGAAUUCUCAGUCAACAUUCAGCCAGAGUAAAUUCGCUGUCGUUUUCACCCGACGGGCGGUUUCUCGCAUCAGCGGACACGGAUGGGAUAUUAGUAAUCUGGUCAACUAAGAACUGGGAAUCCGUUUUCACUGGCGAAAUAAAAGGACGUGGCUGUUCCCUAUCGUGGAUGUCUCCAUCUGCGGAUGUCCGUGAUUACAAAUUAACUUUCGACUCAUCUGAUGGCAAGGUCCGUGUCGCAGAAUUCACUGUCGGACAGAGUCAAACGCCAACCGAAGGAUCGAAAACUUUUCUUCUGCACGUGAACAAGUCAAUCAACUACCCUGUUGUGAUCCGGCCCAAACCACCAAAGAAGAAUUUUUUAUUUGAUUUUUACAAAAGAAAAAUUAAAUAACUAACGAAAUGAAACGCGGUGAAACACCCCAUGCAUUUAAAAAUAUUCAUGUGCGGGUUAUCCGUAAUGUUCAGUGAGUCGAUUUUCUUUUUUCAUGCCCAUUCGUAAUUUCUUCCUGACAAUAAAAUCCCAAUAAUUGUU